AUGAGUCUGAGCGAGAACACCAACAAGGAAAACAUACCUAUAGCAGUCAAUGAGACGGAGCCAUUAUACCCAAAGAUCAACAAUAACCAUCAUCAUCAGAAUAAGGAGCUGAUCAAACUACAGAGAGAUGUCACCAAGCUAGAACGACUCUACAAAGACGAAGUGAUCAAGUGUCAACAGUCAAUGAGUGAGCAGGAAAGAUUGGAGAUUGAAAUGCUACAGAAAGAAAAACAAAUUUAUCAACAACAACAGCAUUUACAAAAAAUGACUGAUCUAAACAAGAGCCUAAGUAAGAAAUUGAGUGUUGAAAUUAGUUACUAUGAAAAUGCAUUGGGGAAUUACCGAAAGAUGGAAAAGGAAUGGGAUGAUAAAUUUAGAAAAUCCAAGAUUGACCAAACAAAAUUCGAACAUAUGAUUAAAAAGAAAAAUGAUGAAUUGAACGAUAUCAAUCAAGAACUAGAAAUUGUUAAAAACCAAGUUGAUAAUAAAGAUUUGGAAUUGAAAGAUUUGAAAGUUCAAUUGGAACAAACAUUGGAACAACUUGAAGAGAUGAAACUGAAGAAUUUACUACAUCACAGCCAUCAUCAUGAUAAGGAAAAGGAACAUGAACACAAGAAAAUACAUGAUAAUGACUCAUCAGAUGAAGAAGAUCUGAGCUCUUUGGUAAUACAUGAUGAUGAGGAGGAGGAUGAAGAGACAGGGGAUGAAACUUUUGAUAUUUCGGGAAAUUCAUCAAGUUUAGCACAUGAAAUUAACAACAAGAUUAAUGAUAAUGAUAAAACAAUCAAGAAAUAUCAGUUUGAAGUAAAGUCAUUGAAAAAUGAAAAACAUCAACUAUACAACUACAUCAACAAGUUAUUAAAAAAUAAACCACAUCCUGAUCAAAAUUCAGUUUUGAAAGAAAAAUUAGUUAAAAGAAAGAUUCUUAGAACCAUUUCAAUUAAUCAAGCUGUCCAUGGAGUUUCAGAUAAUGCAUCAAUAGGAUCCACUAAAUCAAACGUUGUUAAAGCUGGUAAAAGGGUUCUGUCCAAUGUUGUUAACUUCAAGAGUUAUCAAAAUUUAAAGAAGAGACCAAGUCAACAAAUUAGUGCUACAACAACUUUAGUUCAUGAACAAAAUAGUGAUACUGAACAAGAGACUCCGCAACAACAUAGAUUCACAGAUGAUGAAGAUGUUGAUGAAGAUGAGAUUAGAUUAAUUGGUAAUCAAAACUUUGCAUGCACUAUAUACAAAUUAUCAUCCCCAUAUUUUAUGAUGAAUCCUAUUGAAUUACUUUUAAAGGUUAAAAAACAGGAGGAACAACUGGAUAAACGAGAUGAGUUACCAAAACCAACUGAUGAUGCUUAUGAUAAUGAACAAACUGACAAAACCAUUGAACUUGGUGCUAUCGAACUUGAUAUUGAUUGA